CAUGGCGGCGUACAUGCUGAACACAAACACAGCACACUUUUACCCACGAAGAUAAGCAAUCGGGAUAAUGACAAACGAUUCAUUUUGCGUUUAAAUGGUCAAGUCAUCUAUGGUAAAGUCAAAUGAGGAACAAGAAAACUGACGACGAAAUAUGCCAAAUCCAAGAAAGCAUGACCAUAACACUGGCUCAAAUGACAUAAGUGAAAUCUGGAGUCAUGUUUCCACAUUUUCUCAAAAAAGGUUGAGAACAAACAAAUCGGGUAAAAGCCCGAAACUGACACCCAAAUCUUCAUCUUCUGUCAGGAAGUCACCACAUACUCGUUCUAAAGAUCUGGAGACGCCCAAACGACGAGCGAGGGGCAGAUACACGGGCUUAAACAACACUGCUGAUUCACCCGGGGAUGGAGAUAUUUUACAAGACAUCAUAUGGGACCCGGCAUCACCUACUCCUGCUAGAAGUGGGGAAGGGCCCAGCAACACCAGAGUUGUUGAGAUAUCAGACAUUGUCAAUCGGAUCGCCCCUAAGGAUGCCCAGCAUGUCUCUGUGGAUAGUCCUCUGCUCCAGUGGAUUGGGGACAGUGCUGUCCCCUGUACCCCAGAGGUACGCCCGCCCAAAGCAAGGAAGAAAUCCACUCGGAAAAGCUCAGUGGAGGACUUGAUGCAGCUGGCCAGGCAGUUUGACAUCAACAUGCACCAGCAGGACAGAGAGAGGAAGAGUUCUGAACACAGGAACAAUACCAUAAACAACAACCGGUACGAGGAGGAACCCAAGGGCCCGACGACAAUGUCGUCAUCAGCCCAGCAGGUAGAGGCGGAGCUUAACGCUCUGUUCGACGGGCCGACGCAGCGAGUCACCGGACGGCUCAGCCAAGGGUCGACCGCCUCCACCUGUUCUCAGGAGGUCAAGGUUCAAGUUGGGGUCAGCCAUCUCACUACCGAUGACCUCGUCAAAGUGUCGGAGGUCAAGCCUGGCGGGGGAAGCACGUCUGGUUCAUCGGCUCGUACUGGUAAAGAGGAUGUAGGACAGUGGAAUGCCACGACAACUGUGGCGAAAGACGAGGACUUUGACUGGGAGGAUGACGACCUUCUCAAUGACCCUAUCGUGUUGGAGAUGACCCAGAAUCCUGAGGGGCUGAAAACGCUGUCCCCCAAACCCAGCAGCUCACUGACUCUGAGCACUGACAGAGACAACACACAGCUGCUAACAGAUACAGAAAAGACCCUACCACCCUCCUCUACUACCUCUAAUCCUAUCAGCCUGCCCUCUCACUCUGUCUGGAAGGGGACAAGCACACACCUUCAACCCUCAAACAGAGGUGGCCUCACUGGGCCAUGUCCUAAACCCAAGCCCGCCAGCAGAAGCACUUUCCUGCUGGAGCCCAACCUUUGUUUCCAGGUGAAUAUGGCUCCGACAACCAGAGAAGCACCCAGACUGUUCCUCACUGUUGGAGAGGCCCAACCUGAGAGGCCCGGCGUGUCUGCAGCCGUGGGGAGUAGGGGCCCCAGUAGAGACUCUGCAGAAGGGGUGAGCACAGCCACAACUCCAACCUCCCGUGGAACCACAGCCCCAGACUCCGCUUUCAAAGACAUCUCAGAGGAGGACCUCCAGUCCCUGUUUGACUCUGAGUCGCUGUGGAACGACGACGAAGGUGACGAUGACGAGCUGCUGUAUCAGGUGUGUGACAACGUGGAGAGGAUCUCCAACAGUCAGUCCGAGGGUGCCACCGCAACCACGGAUGCCACUGAGGUCCGCGUCCAAGAGAGCAAACCGAAAGCCACUCCAACCGCCCCUCUGGCUGCAGCGAGAGAGGGGUCUAUGACUAUGGAUAGGGCUGUAGGUGGUCCUAGCAGUAAACAGUCAACCACCUGCACGUCUGGCCGCUCCAACUCAGCACCAGGAGAUAGGAGUAGCACCCCUGUGCACUUUCAGAGAUGGAACAUUCCAGCGAAAGCAGGAAAUGUUUGGGUCGGACAUCAUACAGUCAUGUCCCAGAGCCAUCCAGGCAGCGGGGAGGGUCUGGACAAGUUUACCCAGCUGAGGGGUGCUCCAGCCUGGGGAACAUUUGGCCUAGGAUCCCUUGGAGUUAGAACCUUCCAAGCGGGGGACUCAAAGUCGGUCAUGCCACGGACAGUGUCGGCAAGAACCCUCACAAACUCAAAUUCCCAUCAUGCAUCAUCGUUCAAGAGACAUCUGUCGGACUCGGCCGCCAUCGGCAACAAAGUGUUUGUCAGCAGUGAGAUGACGGGGAGAUGCACGGAGGAGGAGAUUGAGAGGAAGAAGCAGGAGGCCAUAGCCAGAAGAAGGACCAGGGAAACCUCCCUAAAAGCAGGGGGACUUCCUCUGUGACUAAGCAACGGGACACUAGAUUAAUACACAGUUAACCAGAAUGCCUAUAGAGUAGCUCUCCUCUGCUAGGUCUGUACCAUAAACAUUUCUCACGGUUUCUUCACAGAACACUGUCAGUGCUACUAGAACGGUGUUGCGUUAUGGAGCUAUGCUGCUAGACACACACACACACACACACACACACACACACACACACACACACACACACACACACACACACACACACGCUGCUGCACUUUUUUAGUUGCUUAUAUUGUCACUGUUGUUCUUUCUGGAGGUCACUGAAACGUUGAGUAGAAUAUACAGCAGCAACACUUUAUCUGGAGUCAGAGCAAGCGGUUGGCUUGUAAGGCCUUUACAGCACCUCAAAGGAGAUUUGUCACUUUUUAUUUUACACGUUAAUCUGUUGACAUUCCAAGUAGAUAAUGAGUCAUCUUGAUGAGCAAUGUGGAGAUCUGUUCUACUGUCCUGCAAUAGUAUCUUUCAGAGGAACUGUGGGUCCAGAACUCACCUUGUUGCUGUAACUCAGCAACAUUAUAGGACAUUAUCUUUACACUGCAUGUGUUGGCAUGUGGUUUAUUAGUACCUUGUGUUUUGCACCUUUUCCAGAAAUGAGAAGGACACCAACACUAAGCAGGUUUCCGUCCGGGAAAGAAAAUGUCACCACAGACCUGAUGGAAACGGCAAAUUUGUCAGUAAACUCGUCCAAAAUGUCGACAAAACAAUAUACGCUAGACGAGAUGGGAUAUGUUUGUUUCUGUAAAAUUCAUGCCAUCAUGUCGAAGUAAACUUUGAGUCACACGAUGAUAUGUUGUGUGGCCCUCGCACUACGACUCCUAAAAGCAUGCAGUUUAUUAAGCUACUUAUUAAAUGAGUUCUGAUUAACUUCACAGGGUGGUGAAAGUCUAAGGUGGUGGUGCUCCUUUCCAUUCAAUAUCAAGGGUCUUAUUCUGGUGACAUGAUGAUUGAUGCUUGGCUGCAAUUUGACAAAUAAGUACAAAUCUGGCUCUUUUGUCCAUAAUAUUCUCAUCAUGUAGGCUAUAGGCCGACCCGCAUCUGUGAGCUGUUGGCUAGAGCACGUGUCAAAACCAAAGUGGGCACAUUUGCUAUACAGCGCAACAUUUGUAGUGACAAAGCCAUCAGUAGAGUUGAAAAUGUUACCUUUAUUUAAUUAGGCAAGUCCAGUUUAAGAACAAAUUCUUAUUUACAAUGACGGCCAAACC